AUGUGGAUGCUUGUUCCGUUGAUGUUCCUGCUUCCGCUGCUCUUUCUGUUUCCGCUUCCGGUCAGUUGCAGUCUGCAGCUCUACCGCGUGCCCCUGCGUCGCUUUCCCUCCGCCCGUCAUCGCUUCGAGAAGCUGGGCAUCCGAAUGGACAGGCUGCGCCUGAAGUACGCCGAGGAGGUGAGCCAUUUCCGCGGCGAGUGGGACGCGAAGGUGAAGGCUACGCCGCUGAGCAACUACCUGGAUGCCCAGUACUUUGGGCCCAUCACCAUUGGCACUCCGCCGCAGAGCUUCAAGGUGAUCUUCGACACAGGCUCCUCGAAUCUCUGGGUGCCCUCGGCCACCUGUGCCUCCUCCAUGGUGGCCUGCCGGGUGCACAAUCGCUACUAUGCCAAGAGAUCGACCAGCCAUCAGGCGCGAGGAGAUCGCUUUGCCAUUCACUACGGCAGUGGCAGCCUAUCGGGAUUCCUCUCAACGGACACCGUUCGAGUGGCCGGUCUGGAGAUUCGGGAGCAGAUCUUUGCGGAGGCCACCGAAAUGCCGGGUCCCAUUUUCCUGGCCGCCAAAUUCGAUGGCAUCUUUGGCCUGGCCUAUCGCAGCAUCUCCAUGCAGCGCAUCAAGCCGCCUUUCUAUGCGAUGAUGGAACAGGGAUUGCUUGCGAAACCCAUCUUUAGUGUCUACCUGAGUAGGCAUGGCGAAAAGGAGGGCGGUGCCAUCUUCUUUGGUGGCUCCAAUCCUAAUUACUACCGCGGCAACUUCACCUAUGUGCCGGUGAGUCAUCGGGCCUAUUGGCAGGUAAAAAUGGAGUCGGCCAGCAUCCGGAAUCUGGAGCUUUGUCAGCAGGGCUGCGAGGUGAUCAUCGAUACGGGCACCUCUUUCUUGGCUUUGCCCUACGAUCAGGCCAUUCUGAUCAAUGAAUCGAUUGGAGGAACGCCCUCGCAAUUCGGUCAAUUUCUGGUGCCCUGCGAAAGUAUCUCGAAUCUGCCCAGAAUCACCUUCGCCCUGGGCGGUCGUAAGUUUUUCUUGGAGGGUCACGAGUACGUCUUUCGGGACAUCUACAAGGAUCGAAGGAUCUGUUCGUCGGCUUUCAUCGCCGUGGACCUGCCGUCGCCCCGUGGACCUCUCUGGAUUCUGGGCGAUGUCUUCCUGGGCAAAUACUAUACGGAAUUCGACAUGGAGAGGCAUCGCAUUGGUUUCGCCGACGCCAGGAGCUGA